CUGCGCGCGGCUAGAAGUCAUUCAUGGUGGGAGGUGGUGCGAUUGUAUGGGAACUUGCUGCGCGAAACACUCGCUUCGUCCAAGUCAGUAGUUUAAAUCUGCUAUAAAGAGUUUGAAGGCUAUUUUACGAGAAGACAUGAAAACGGGAGGAUAUCACGCUUUAUUACUUGUGAUAUGUGCAAAUUUGAUCUCAGUUACUCCUUUGGAAGAACAAAUAUCCGAUUCUGCGUUUGAUAAUUUUCUUGAGCUAAUACCGAAGUCACGCCAGGAGCCCAGUGAGUCCCUCAGCUCCAGGUUUUCUCUGCGGAAACCGUCUGAUCCCGAUGACGAUGUUUGUUACAUCAUCACUGGAGACCCCGAGUCCCUCAAGGAGUGCGGCUUCAACACAACUUCUAAGACCUUUCUGGUGAUCCAUGGAUGGACGGUGAGUGGGCUGUUUGAGGGCUGGGUUGGCAGAUUGGUGGCCGCUCUCUAUGAGAGGGAGCCCAGCGCAAAUGUAAUUGUAGUUGAUUGGUUAAGCACAGCCCAGAACCAUUACAUAGUUGCUGCUCAGAAUACAAAGAUGGUGGGACAAAGUAUUGCGAAUUUCAUAAACUGGAUGGAGAAAACAACACAUUUGUCCCUCGAUCACCUCCACCUCAUUGGCUACAGUCUCGGUGCCCAUGUUGCUGGGUUUGCUGGAAAUCAUGUGUCCAGUAAAAUUGGGAGGAUCACUGGUCUCGACCCCGCUGGCCCCGACUUUGAAGGGGCGCUUGCUCACCAGCGCCUGUCCCCGGACGAUGCCCAUUUCGUCGACGUGCUCCACACUUUUAACCGUGGUUCUCUCGGUCUGAGCAUCGGCACCCAGCAUCCAGUGGGCCACAUGGAUUUUUACCCCAAUGGGGGCAGCUUUCAGCCAGGGUGCAACUUGCGGGGAGCCCUGGAAAAGAUCGCAAAAUUUGGCAUAUUUGCUAUUAAUGAUGCAGUGAAGUGUGAGCAUGAAAGGUCUGUGCACUUGUUCAUCGAUUCACUGCUGAACAAGCAGGAAGUUAGCCUGGCCUACCGCUGCGGCAGCCCGGACAUGUUCGAGCGCGGCGUCUGCCUCUCCUGCCGCAAGAGCCGCUGCAGCACUAUGGGCUACGACGUGGGCGGUACCCGCCAGGCGCGCAGUGCUGCGAUGUUCACCAAAACACGGGCCUCCAUGCCCUUCAGAGUCUAUCACUACCAGUUGAAAAUUCACUUCUCCAGUAAUCUGAAUUGCUCUGGAGUGGAGCCAGUAUUGACGGCUUCCCUCCAUGGAGCCAAUGGAGAUGCCAAGGACCUUCACCUGAACAUACAUGAGAAGAUUGAGGCCAACUACACCCACUCGUUCUUGCUGGUGACCGAGAAGGACAUUGGAGAAUUGCUGAUGAUUAAGCUUAAGUGGGAGAGUCGCAGCAAGCGGACGACUUCCUUUAUGCUAAAGAUGGUGUCUUCUUGGUGGCCAGGAGAUUCCACUCUCAGCUCCAACAUGGAAAUCCACAAGAUCCGCGUCAAAGCCGGCGAGACACAGAAAAGGAUGGUAUUUUGCCUAAAAACUCCUGAAACGCCUGGGGUAUCACAAGAGCUCACAUUUAUUAAAUGUAAGGAAAGCUGGAAAUUCCACUCAAAAAGGCGUGGCCUAAGGAGACAGUGAUGAUUAGAUCUGCCUGUCUUCACUGGACCAAAUACCUCCUGCAAAAGCACUUGGAAAGCCAUCCAUUUGGAUGUAACUAAUUUAUUCUUAUUUGUCGCGAGAAUAUUAAAUAUAUAAAUACAUGACGAAUAUAUGGAUAUAUCCCAGCAUGUUCUAAUUUACUGGUUUGUGGCUAACAAGCGACCAUCAUAGGAAGACUGGAUGAGUUUAGCUGUUUUGUAACAGUGUAAUUUUGACUUAUCAUUAUUAGGCAACUGUUCUUUUUUUCUUACUUAAGCAACAUUGACACAAUAUCUGUGUGUUCAGAGUUCAGCUGUUGGCAGAAAAAUUGUUGUGUAAGUUACAAAAUAUGAGGCACGUGCGGAUCGAUGCUGCUGGAGAGACGCACGCCGCUGAGGUGAUGUUCUGAAGGCACUGCGCUCUGCAGAGUAACGCCUGGGCGCGGCGCAGUCUGGCAGCAUGCUGUGUACUGUGCAAAGAGGAACGGCGGCGUGUGAGCAUGCAUGUGGGUCUCUGCUCGCUCCCUGGAUGCAGCACUCCUCAGCGUGCUGCCACCUCUGUCUGCGGUAUGGUGCUGCAUUCUGGUGCAGGUGUUGGUGUGGAAAGUGGUGACUGUCACUUGUAGAGAUAUAGGGAAUAAUUUCUGCAUGUUAAACUAGACAUUCGUUUCCAGAGAGUUACUAUUAAAUAAAUUUGAUAUGAAAAACAUGAAAAACCGAAAUUAACGUAAUGUGGUGUUGGGAAGUGUUUAUAAUUGUUGUAUUUUUUGGUUAUACAUAGAUUCUGCAUACAUCAGUAUCAUGGGGGCGAAAUGAGGUCUGUGACGUAGCAAUGCUGCAAAUUCAGUGGCGGGAAAAGAGUUACUUUUGAUGCAUGUCUCUAUACAGUAAUUUUUAUGCACAACGGACACAUACAAUGUUGAGCAGAUGAAGAUUAAACUGUGUUUGUCCAGAUCAGAGGAGAUCACACAUUAGUGAAGAACCUGGUAAAUAUUAAUACCAUGUAUUAGCAUUUGUGGGGGUACGACUUACUGUUUGCAUUGAGAGCUGUAAUUGAGCUAAAAAUGGAUUAAUAACUGUAAUAAUCUUGAUGUAUAGAAUUUAAGAAUUUGCUGCUGGUGAACCUAUAUAUGGUCAUGUAAAGUAUAUAAAAAUAUAUUUAAUUUUUAAAAAAAUUUUAAUCUUAAAAAAAACUAUUUAAGAUUAAACUGUUUUUUCUAGGUAAAAUGUGCAUAGGAUAUGGUAAAAUGCAGUCUUUCACCAUGGUACUUGCCCCUGACUUGUGUUCUCGUAACUCUGAAUGUCAGGCCGUCAGUAGAGAAAAGCAUAUCUGUUGUUCCUGCUAAUAAAUAUCUGCCCUUCAUCCA